UUUGAUUUCCCAAUGAUUACGAAUGCAACAUAGAUCACAUGACCGAACCAGGAAGAAAAUUGAGCGUCGACUGUAGGUAGAGAUGUCAUCCUCAGAAUGGCACCUGUCUUUGAAGCUGGUGGAUCAGCCCAAGUCCACCUUCCACUUCCCGGAGAUGAUGCCAGGCGAUGUUCCACCUGGAGGAUACAGGGUUGCCACGCUAAAACAACUUGUAGCGGCGCAGCUCCCAGACUCUGUGCCAGACCCUGAUCUAAUAGAGUUGGUCCACUGUGGGCGUAAACUUAAGGACGAUCUAACAUUGGAUGCCUACGGGAUUCAACCGGGAUCCACUUUACACAUUCUCAAAAAGACUUGGCCAGAACCUGAGAGCCGUCCAGAGGCUGUGAACAGAGCAACAGCAGCUCGGGAGUUCAGGGUGUUCCACACUGCUCUUCACUCUCUCAACUCCACCUACAGAGAUGCAGUGUAUAAAAUGUUGACAAACAAAGAGUCUCUUGAUCAGAUCAUUGUGGCCACACCUGGGCUCAGGUCUGACCCCGUCGCUCUCAGAGUGCUUCAGGACAAAGAUUUGUUUGUGCAGUUCACAGACCCCACCAUGCUGGAUGUUUUGGUCAGUAAUCACCCAGCGCUGGUCAACGCCAUCAUCCUGGUCCUGCACUCUGUCGCUGGCAGCAUGCCCGCCCAGACCAGCACCAGCUCCUCACGCAAUGUCUCUGCCAGUUCUUACAGUGAUAUGCCAGGUGGCUUCAUGUUUGAAGGCCUGUCUGACGACGAGGAAGACUUUCAAUCUGGGAGUCCAGUCGGUCCCUCCAGCAGAGCGGGAUCCUCAGCUGGAAUACGCCCGGUGUCUCUGAACCACAGCGGAGCGACAGGCCCUCGACCGAUAACGCAGAGCGAGCUGGCCACGGCCUUGGCUCUCGCCAGCACUCCUGACAGCAGCGCGGUCACUCCCACCACGGCGAGCCAGGCCGAUCCCUCCACCGGUGCGACCCCCAUGCCUGCAGGGACACCAGUGAGUAAUGAUCUGUUUAGCCAGGCGCUGCAGCAAGCUCUGCAAGCCACCAGCAUGUCUGCUCUACAGGGCCGCUGGCAGUCCCAGAUGCAGCAGCUCAGGGACAUGGGGAUCCAGGACGAGGAGCUGAUGCUGAGGGUGCUGCAGGCCACAGACGGUGACAUCCAAGCCGCCCUUGAGCUCAUAUUUGCCGGAGGCCCAGGACUGUGAGGCCGCAGCGCUCGGACACAAACUUUUAAAGAGAAAGCAUCAAGAGCGGGGUUGUAGUUACGCUGUAUGAAAGAUCGGAUGACCUGUUGGCCAGUCAUUUUAAAUAUACGAAGAGUUUCAGCCGAGCUCCACCAGAGUCGUCAGGUCUGUUGGGUUUCCCCUCCAAGG